AGUAAUAGAAAUUGAUUGAAUUGGGAGCUAAUUAUGUCUGUCACUUUUGUUUUGUCAGCAUUUGCCGAUACUAACACAGAAGAGGAAGACCGCGACCAUCUUCCAGUAGGAAACGCAAUGGCAGGGCGAAUAAGCCAGGCGGCGAAGAGAAUUCCGAGAAGCUAACAAGUCCCAUAACUUCGUCGAACAAAGCACCAUUGUCAAUGAAUAGGCCAGUCUAUAAGGUUGGACCACCAUCCUGGAUAAAGAAGGAGAUCAGCGGCUGUACACUUUGGAAACGCCUUACGAUUGCAGGGACCUUCUGCAAGGCGAUCGGGCUAAUUUGGAGGACGUCCGAGGUCACGCUCAGGACAACGGCGGACAAGGAUCAUGGCCACAGGUCAUGGCAGGUGGGCUUUCUGUUCUACGAGAAUCGCAAUUCCGGCGAGCUCACUCGGGGUUGGAGGAGGUUCUGCACGGACAACAUGAUCAAGGAAGGAGACAUCUGCACCUUCAACAUCAUCGAGACCGCAUUGUGGCACGUCGACAUCACGUGUCAUUGUGAGGACCAGGGCACCAUUAGCAAUGAGCUAGAGCGGAGUGAUAAAACGCCAUUAUCAGAUACGGAAAAGGAAGAUGUUCCAUCUUCCAGUAGGAAAUGCAAGUGCGAGGACAAGAAGCCAGACGGUGAAGAGAAUUCCAAGAGGACGAAAGGUCCUACAACUUCAUUGAAUGAGGCCCCAUCAUCAAUUGUCUACGAGAUUGGACCACCAUCCUGGUUGAAGAGGGAGAUCAGCGCCCAUAUACUCUCGGCUAAACUGUAUGUUCCGAGAAAUUUCUACAAGGCGAUCGGGCUCAACAGGUCCUCUGAGAUCACACUCAGGACUACGACGAAUGAGGAUCAUGGCCUCAGGUCAUGGCAGGUGCACUUCUUGGUGUAUCGGAAUCGUGGCACGCUCACUCGGGGCUGGAGGACGUUCUGGGCGGACAACAUGAUCAAGGAAGGAGAUAUCUGCACCUUCAACGUCAUCGAGACCACAUUGUGGCACGUCGACAUCACGCGUCAUCGCGAGGACCAGGGCACCAUUAGCAAUGAGCUAGAGAAGAAUGAUAAAAUGACAUUAUCAGAUAUGGAAAAGGAAGAUGUUCCAUCUUCCAGUAGGAAACGCAAGUGCGAGGACAAGAAGCCAGACGGUGAAGAGAAUUCCAAGAGGACGAAAGGUCCUACAACUUCAUUGAAUAAGGCCCCAGCAUCAAUUGUCUACGAUAUCGGACCACAAUCCUUGUUCAAGACGGAGAUCAGCGCCUAUAUACUCUCGCUACACUUGUCUGUUCCGAGGAAUUUCUGGAAGGCGACCGGGCUCUGCAGGACCUCUAAUAUCACGCUCAGGACUACGGCGAAUGAGGAUCAUGGCCUCAGGUCAUGGCAGGUGCGCUUCUUGGUGUCUGGGAAUCAUGGCAUGCUCACUCGGGGCUGGAGGACGUUCUUGGUGGACAACAGGAUCAAGGAAGGUGACAUCUGCACCUUCAAAAUCAUCAAAACCACGCUGCGGCACGUCGACAUCAUGCGCCACGGCUAAGCCUUGUGUAUUGGGCAUCAGUUGGUCAUGUAUGAAGUGAUGCUGCCUAAUCUUAUUCAUGACUUUUUGGUCAAGAACUGAUCCAGCUCUUAUGAGGCCUGCACUCCAUUUUCUGUUAGGGAUAUAAAUUAACAAUGGAGCUCUAGGACAUGUUUGUAAAAAUGCCUGUCAGGCAAUCUGUAUUCAGUCGGUGAACUAAGCAUCAUUUGCAGUUCUAAAUUGUGCCUUAAGUCAUGC